AUGAUGAUUACAAAGGAGUGUAGCGCCAUACUUCAGAAUCGCAUGCCAGAGAAGCUGAACGACCCAGGAAGUUUUGUUUUGUCUUGCAAGAUCGGUUCUACACACUUCCAUAGAGCACUUUGUGAUUUGGGUUCAAGUGUGAACCUAAUGCCUUACUCAGUGGCCAAGCUAUUGGGCAUCACUGACUUCAAACCUACAAAGAUAUCUCUAGUCUUUGCAGACAGAUCUGUUCGCCGCCCUGUUGGUGUUAUUAUGGAUGUUCCAAUCAUGGUUGGAGAUUGCUACAUCCCUGCUGAUUUUGUAGUUCUUGAGCUGGAACACCAACCUAAAGACCCUCUUAUCUUGGGAAGGCCAUUCCUAGCUACUGCAGGAGCUAUAAUAGAUGUCAAGAAUGGAAAGAUUGACUUGCAUCUUGGAGAUAUAGUGAUGAAUUUCGAAGUAAACAAGUCUAUGGAGAAGUCAACUGUAGAUGGUCAAGCUUUUUGGAUUGGAGAGCUCGCAGAGACAAGAGAAGAAGUGCUGGAUGAACUCCUUCUUAUUGAUCCCUUAGAGCUAGCUUUGACAAAGGCUGAGACUGAGUAUGAAUACAUGGAAAGAGAAGCUCAGUGCUUAGUCAAGUUCAUGGAUUCCAAGGAAGCUUAUAAACCCUAA